ACACGAGGCCCGAACAAAGCCCACCCAGCUUCCUUCUGUCUCCACCGCCGCCGACGACGAGCCGCGCAACCCAACUCACCGCACGACGACUCGCACUGAUCGGAGAGCCAGCGAGCGAGCGAGCGAGAUGGCCGGGAGGUUAACCGCAGCAGGGUUCCGCGUCCUUGGCGGCGGCGGCGCACGCGCCGCGGCCGCGGCCGCUGCCCUCCGGCACCGCGCCGGCAUGGGCCUCCCCGUCGGCCGCCACAUCGUCCCAGACAAACCCCUGCCCGUGAACGACGAGCUGGUGUGGGACAACGGCACGCCCUUCCCGGAGCCCUGCAUCGACCGCCUUGCCCCGCACAUCGGCAAGUACGAGGCGUUGGCGUGGCUGUGCGGAGGGCUGGGGUUCUUCGCUGCCCUCGGUGUGGCUGCGGUGGUGAACGAUAAGGCCUCCAAGAUACCAUAUACUCCCAAAGUCUACCCGUACGACAGCUUGAGAGCUGAACUUGGUGAUAGACCAUAGAAGAUUGUUUCUCUGUUUGACAAGCCACUUCGAUGAAUUGAACAUAUCUUCUACCAGACAAAAGCAGGGAAAGCUGUUGUUUACCAUGUUUUUUUUUGUUGUAACUACCUUCAUGUAAUUUCCUGGAUCUUGCGAAGCAUGGAUUUUCCCUACAAUAAUGCAACCGGUUGCACUGGCAACUAUUCCU